AUGGGUGUAAAAGCUUCUCUGGGGGUAUCCAUUGUUCUUAAACAGCAGACCAUGCAUGGACAUUCUUUUAAUAAAUAUAUCUAUAUAUUUUUUUUGCAGCACUAUAUUUUGGCAUUUGGAGGUAUAAUAGCGAUUCCACUAAUCCUAGCAGAACCUUUGUGUGUGAAACAUGAUAAUUAUGUAAAAAGCCAGCUGAUAAGCACAAUUUUCUUUGUGUCUGGAAUAUGCACAAUUCUGCAAACAACAAUUGGCACAAGGCUACCUAUUCUUCAAGGAGGUACCUUUAGCUUCAUUACUCCCACACUAGCCAUUCUAUCUUUGCCUCGGUGGAAGUGUCCAGAUUUAGAAAAUUCUGUAUACAAUGUUAGCAAUAAUAAUAAUAUCACAGAAAUUUGGCAAUCUCGUAUAAGAGAGAUUCAAGGCGCAGUGGUUGUGGCAUCAUGUUUACAGCUCAUCCUGGGCUUUUCUGGAUUGAUUGGACUUUUGUUAAAUUUUAUUGGACCCCUCUCCAUCAUACCAACCAUAACCCUUAUUGGACUUUCACUUUUUGGUCAAGCAGGAAAGAAAUGUGGGACUCAUUGGGGAAUAGCUUUUAUAACCAUUGGAUUGAUUGUUCUUUUCUCACAAUACCUCAGAAACAUAGAAUUACCAACAAUAAUUUAUAACAAAGGAAAAUGGAAAAUCAGUAAAUACCCUGUUUUCAAGCUAUUUCCUGUGUUGCUGGGAAUGUGCUUAUCCUGGCUUGUCUGUUAUAUUUUUACAUCCUGUGACAUACUUCCAGUAAUUCCAACCAGAUAUGGAUAUGCUGCACGAACUGAUAUCAAUAUUGAUGCAAUAACUAAUGCUCCAUGGUUUCACAUUCCAUACCCAGGCCAGUGGGGUUGGCCCACUGUAAGUCUGUCUUCUGUAUUGGGAAUGCUAUCUGGUGUAUUAUCCUCUACUAUAGAAUCAGUAGGAGAUUACUAUACCUGUGCCAGAUUAUCUGGAGCCCCACUCCCACCAAUUCAUGCAAUAAACAGGGGAAUCGGCAUAGAAGGGAUUGGAUGCAUUCUAGCUGGAAUUUGGGGAACUGGAAAUGGGACAACUUCAUACAGUCAGAACAUUGCAGCUCUGGGAAUUACAAAGGUUGGAAGUCGUUUAGUUCUACAGACUGCUGGUAUUCUUCUAAUUGUUUUGGGAAUGUUUGGAAAAUUUGGAGCUAUUUUCAUCACAAUUCCAGAACCAGUAAUUGGAGGCAUGUUCAUGAUUAUGUUUGGUAUGAUUGCAGCUGUUGGAAUUUCAAAUCUCCAGUAUGUGGAUUUAAACUCAUCCAGAAACCUCUUUGUGUUGGGAUUUUCUUUGUUUAGUGGCCUAGUUAUUCCAACCUGGUUAAAUGAAAAUCCAGGAGCUAUCAGUACAGGAAUAAAAGAACUUGAUCAAACGUUAACGGUGCUUUUCACAACACAUAUGUUUGUUGGAGGAUUCUUUGGAUGUCUUUUGGAUAACACAAUUCCAGGUUCAGAUGAAGAAAGAGGAACCUCAUCUUGGCAGAAACAAAUACACGGAGUGGAAACGAAUGGUAGCCUAGGACAAUCUUGUUAUGAUCUGCCUUUUGUCACAAAGUACCUAAGAAGGCUUUCAUGGAGCCGAUACAUUCCUUUCUUACCAACAUUUCAGAUGAAUAAAAAUUAACUGCCAUCUUCUAAAAGAAUGUGCUUAUUUCUUUGCCAAGGAUGUAAUAAAUUGUUUUACACAGUUUAGCAAAAGAGAGCAACUUGGUAUUUCCAAGCUAUUAGUCAAUUUGUUCUGUGGAAAGCGUUUAUACAUUAAAGGGACAUUAAACACAGCUCUUUCUUUUGUGUAAAAAUUGUGCUUUGCACCAUAAUCCCUAGAGAGGCUAAAAAGGAAACUCUAUGACCUAUAUUUUAAAACUGCUGCAAAGUGCCUAAACAGCAGUUUGAUUUGCAGCAUUUACAGGUAAAUGAAUUUGAUUUUUGCCUUCCUAGAAAAAGUCUUAAAAACACAAUUUGUUUAAUGUCCUUUUAAAAGCUAUUAAAUUAUAUAAAAUUACUAUUGCAGAUUUCACUAAAUUACUUUAAAGAUAAUGAGAUAUAUUUCAUUUGAAUUGUACUUUUUAAUUUCCAAUUUUAAAACACUAGUUUAAAAAUGAUUUAUUAAAUUAAGAAUACUACACAAUCAUUGUUGCAAAAUGUAAAGAAAGAUAAGUUAGUACACAGAUGGCAAUGUUUUCUAAGUUUUAAAAUAGUACAAUUUCCCACACAAAAAAGAAUUUGAGCAUAAAAUAAAUUGGCUAUUGUAUGCAUCUCAUAUAUAACACUUCAUUACAUUAUCAUUUGUUGAAAUUAGAAUGUUAUAAAAGUAACAAUGUUAUUUACUUAUAUUCCAAAAUAAAGCCAGAAUUAAAAGAGUA